AUGCCGAAACCUUUAACAAAACGACGUGCUAGAGUCAGAGAUACUAGUACUUUUGAAACUCUUCGAAGACUACGACAAACGGGUGGUUCUCGUUUACAGGAAUAUGAAAUAAAACAAGACGAAGAUAUUUAUGAAGAAGUUAAUGAAGAGACGUAUCAAAAUUUUCUUAAUGAAGAAAUUAAGAAAAAUAACUUCAUCGAAGAUGAUGAUGGAACAGGUCAACAAUAUAUAAAUGAUGAUUUAGGAAAGGAAUAUUCUAGUGACUCGGAAUCUGGUUCUGAUUACGAUGAAACUCUUCAAGAAGAUGGUCAAUCGUGUCAAAUUAGAUCUGACCAAAAAAUAAAUGCUUUCUUUCAACGAGCGCUUUUAAAACCAAAGACAGUCAAAACAACAGCAGAAGAGACAGAAUUUAUGUCUUGUCUUCUUCAAGAUUUAGAUAAUGAUGUGGGUGAUUCAGAACUUGAUCUUUUUCAGAUACCAAAUGAUAAUAAUAAUAACAAUAAUAAUAAUCGAGAGAAAAAUAGAAUUUCGAAAAAGAAUAAUGAUAAUAAUAAUAAUUAUAAUUCAACUCAAUCAAUUAACAAUACUGACAAUAAUAAUUUCGAAUAUAUGGAUUUUCAAGGUUGGGAUGAUGAUAUGAGUGAUCUAGAAUUUAGUAAUGUCGUAACAACAAUUAAUGGAAAUGAUGCAAAACGAAAUCAUGAAAUUGAUAAGGGCAAUAAAGACAUAAAUCAAGAUACAAUAAGAAUGUAUUGGAUUGACGCGUAUGAAAAACAAGGAAUUGUUUAUCUAUUCGGAAAGACUUUCGAUAAAAUCGCUAAUUCUUAUGUAAGCUGUUGUGUCACUGUUCAGAACAUUCAACGAAAUCUUUUCUUUUUAUCAAGAAAAUUUGAACUUGAUGUCAAAUUCGAUGAUGCCUUUAAAGAAGUUAUAAAAAUCAGAGAAAAAUAUAAAAUUAAGAGAUUUGAAGUAAAAAAUACAUCUAGAAAAUAUGCAUUCGGAUUACCUGAUGUUCCUGUUCAAUCUGAUUACUUAAAAGUCGUAUAUUCAUUCGAUG